UGGGGGGCACAGGGCACUGGGCAGGAUUUUAGCCAGGCUGCGCCGGGAACCGCCUGCUGCCAUGAAAGACUUCACCGAAAUCUCGCUUUGCCCCGAGGCUCUGGACGGCAGCAAGACCGAGUUCUGCAACCCCGUUUUUGAGGGCGAGGAGCCCCGGGCGGCACCGAGCGUGGAGCCAGACAAGGAUGGGACCGGACCCGCACCGCGCCGGGACGGCCUCGGCCAGCAGCUCUGGGGACAGGUGGGCUGGAGGUUCCGCGCCGACUGCAAGUUCACCUGGCUCUGCGUGGCUCUGAUGAGCAUCAUCCUGCUCUUCCUCAUCGCCCUCCUGCUCGGCAUCGUCAUCCACCAGCUGACAUCAUCACAUGCACCCGGCGCCCCGGCCACGGCCCUGCCCGCCCGCGGCACUGCCACCGCCACCACAGCAGCCAUCCGGAGGGACCGCCCGGCCCCCAAAACAGCCGCCACCCCCACCGAGAGCUGGCUGCCCACGGCCCGCACGGCAGCACCGGCCUGCGGAGGGACCCUGCGGGCCCCCGAGGGCUCCUUCAGCUCCCCCAACUACCCCGGCCCCUACCCGCCCAACGCCCUCUGCAUCUGGCGCAUCGAGGUGGGCACCGGCCUCGCCAUCCAGCUGAGGAUGGAGUCGUUCAGCGUGGAGGGCACGGCCUCCUGCCUCUUCGACCGCCUGGAGCUCUACGAAGAGCAGGGCGCGGCUGGCACAGCCCCGGCUCGGGGGAGCCCGACCAGGUUUUGCGGCAAUGUGCCCCCCCCGACCUUCAACACCGCCUCCAAUCGCCUGCGCGUCACCUUCGUGUCCGACAGCAGCGUGGGUGCCCAGGGCUUCAGCGCCCGCUACCGCGCCGUGACCCCGGCCGAGAAGAGCUGCGCCUGGGACGAGCACUUGUGUGACCAGGGGCUCUGCCUCCAGCUGGGCUUCGUGUGCGACGGCUUCCACGACUGCACGGACAGGAGCGACGAGGCCAACUGCAGCCUGAAACACAAAGAGUGUGGGGGGCCAAUGACCGCCUUGGAGGGGCGCCUGUCCACCCCGAACCACCCCCAGCCAUACCCGCACCAGCAGCUGUGCCUCUGGCAGAUCUCGGUGCCCUUGGGCCACGUCAUCGACCUGCACUUCCACAACUUCAGCCUGGAGUCGCACGACGACUGCAGCUUCGACUUCGUGGAGGUGCACGACAGCGCGGGCACGGGGACCGCCAGCCUCAUGGGCAGGUACCCGGCACCGCCAGGCCGGCUGUGCCACCCUGGCGACACACCUGGGGAAACUGAGGCGCGGGGCUGGCUGGUGGGGAGGAGCCACCAAAAGGCAGAGUUUGGGGAGGUGCUGGUCACCCCCCUCGUCCCAUCCCUCGGCAGGUUCUGCGGCCACCAGCUGCCGCCCACCCUGACCUCCUCACGGCACGUCAUGACUGUCCUCUUCGUGGCGGACGAGGGAGUUGCAGACGACGGGUUCUUUGCCACCUACCAAGCCCGCAAUGCCACAGAGAAGACCUGCAGCCCCGCUGAGUUUUCCUGCGGGAAUGGCGAGUGCCGGGCGCUGGAGUCUGUGUGUGACGGCUGGCACGACUGCCCCGACGGCACCGACGAGCUGAACUGCACCGGGGUGUCCUACCCGGCCUUCGGGUCUGUCUGCGAGCCCGUGGAAGUGGAGAUGUGCCUGGGGCUGGGCUACAACGCCACGUCCUUCCCCAACAUCUGGCUGGCCAUCCCGGACCAGGAGGGAGCGGCCGAGGUGCUGCAGGACUACCAGACGCUGAUGGAGCUGGCGUGCUACCAGCACCUCCGCCUGCUCAUCUGCAGCCUCUUCGUGCCCAAGUGCACCCCGGACGGGGGCGUGCUGCAGCCCUGCCGGGCCGUGUGCCUGGCGGCGGAGCUGCGCUGCCAGCAGUCCCUCGGCCUCCUCGGCAUCCUCUGGCCCAUCAACUGCAACAUCCUGCCCGACUCCAACGACCCCGUAGAGUGCUUCCAGCCCUGAGCCGGCAAGAGGAGAGGAGCAGGGGCUGGAGCCACCCUCCCCACCCCAAAUGUCCCUCCCGUGCUCUUGCUGCUGUAAAUACCCAGCUGUUGGGGUGGCCCCUCACCUGCCCUGGGGUCAGCUCCUCCGCCAGUGCUUGGCUUUGGUGCCUGGAUGUCACGGGCUUGCCCACAGCCCCAUUUCACAGAGCAGGUGACACACCCCACAGGGUAUCACAACUUGUGCUGGAGACUGUGCUGGGGCAUGAGGGAAGGGGCUGAUGCUCCCCAAAUGGAGCAAAGCUGGGCAGAGGUGAGCCAGGCUGCAGGCACAAGAGCCCAGGGCUGCCCAUGUCCCUCAGCCCCAAAGCCAGCAGAAUAAACAGCGUGAGGAGCUGACAAACCCAACGGAGCAG